GGAGCAGCCUGGCUGAGGCAGAGACUGCUCACCUCUGCUUCUGGGUGCUGUGGGGGUGUUAGGUGUGUUUCGAUGUUGCUGUGUCAGACGUCCUCAGAUCAGAAAGCCCAGGGAAUGGAGGCUGCAGUCCCUCAGGACGACACGCUGGCUUAAGAGGAGCCACUUUCUAUGGACAAUGAGCCUGUGUACACCUUCCCUGUGGCUCCCCUGGUCACACUGGCUCCACGUCCAUGAGCCCAUCAGCAGCCCUGUCCACAGGGAAGCCCAUGGACAGCCACCCCAGCUACACGGACACCCCAGUGAGCACUCCACGGACUCUGAGUGCAGUGGGGACCCCCCUCAAUGCCCUGGGUUCUCCAUACCGAGUCAUCACUUCUGCCAUGGGCCCACCCUCGGGAGCACUGGCAGCCCCUCCAGGAAUCAAUUUGGUCGCCCCACCCAGCUCUCAGCUAAAUGUGGUCAACAGCAUCAGCAGUUCAGAGGACAUCAAACCCUUACCAGGGCUUCCUGGGAUUGGAAACAUGAACUACCCGUCCACCAGUCCUGGAUCUCUGGUUAAACACAUCUGUGCCAUUUGUGGCGACAGAUCCUCAGGAAAGCACUAUGGAGUGUACAGCUGUGAAGGCUGCAAAGGCUUCUUCAAGAGAACCAUAAGGAAAGACCUCAUCUACACAUGCCGGGAUAAUAAAGACUGCCUCAUUGACAAGCGUCAGCGCAACCGCUGCCAGUACUGUCGCUAUCAGAAGUGCCUUGUCAUGGGCAUGAAGAGGGAAGCUGUGCAAGAAGAAAGGCAGAGGAGCCGGGAGCGAGCUGAGAGCGAGGCGGAAUGUGCCAGCAGUGGCCAUGAAGACAUGCCUGUGGAGAGGAUUCUGGAAGCUGAACUCGCUGUUGAACCAAAGACUGAAUCCUAUGGUGACAUGAACAUGGAAAAUUCGACAAACGACCCUGUCACCAACAUAUGCCACGCUGCUGAUAAGCAGCUCUUCACCCUCGUUGAAUGGGCCAAGCGUAUUCCCCACUUCUCUGACCUCACCUUAGAGGAUCAGGUCAUUUUGCUCCGGGCAGGCUGGAAUGAAUUGCUGAUUGCCUCUUUCUCCCACCGCUCGGUUUCUGUGCAGGAUGGCAUCCUUCUGGCCACGGGUCUACACGUCCACCGGAGCAGUGCCCACAGUGCUGGGGUCGGCUCCAUCUUUGACAGAGUUCUAACUGAGCUGGUUUCCAAAAUGAAAGACAUGCAGAUGGAUAAGUCGGAGCUGGGGUGCCUGCGAGCCAUUGUGCUGUUUAACCCAGAUGCUAAGGGUCUGUCCAACCCCUCUGAGGUGGAGACUCUGCGAGAGAAAGUUUAUGCCACGCUGGAGGCCUAUACCAAGCAGAAGUAUCCGGAACAACCAGGCAGGUUUGCCAAGCUGCUGCUGCGCCUCCCAGCCCUGCGCUCCAUUGGCUUGAAGUGCCUGGAGCACCUCUUCUUCUUCAAGCUCAUUGGGGACACCCCCAUCGACACCUUUCUGAUGGAGAUGCUGGAGACUCCCCUGCAGAUCACCUGAGCCCCACCAGCCACAGCCUGCCCACCCAGUAUCACUCCUCCUCCCGGCCUGACCCCCUUCCUGCUCCCCACAUGUGAUGCUUAUAAUAAAGAAAACCUUUCUACGCAUGAGAAUUUUAUAGGUGGAGUUUUGUAUGGAUGUUAAAGGUAACCCUUCUUUGCUGUUUAAGGGGCUGGGGGUGGGGGUCUUUAUGGAAGUUCUUGGAAAAGCUCACCAAGCAUCUGUACAUAGCAUUGGUUUAAAUUAUUUUUUCACUUGUCAUGGAAAGCAAACAAAGAAACAAUAAAUAUGAUACUGGCACUGUG